AUGAAGACACUUGUCCUCCUCUCUGCUCUGGCCCUGUUGGCCUUCCAGGUGCAAGCUAAUCCUGUAAAAGAGACAGAUGAAGGGACUAAAGCUGGGGAGCAACCAGGGGAAGAGGACCAGGGUGUGUCUGUCUCCUUUGAAAUCCCACAAGUCUCUGCUCUUCAAGAUGCAG